AUGCCUUACCUCAAUACUGGCUUAGACGUAAGAGAUAUACACAGUCGAUGUAGACACGUGCACUUCCAUAUCCGACUCCAGUUCCUAGCUGCAUCUACCCUUGAAAUAUUCCAAGCACAUAUCCAUUCAUGUUUCCCUCUUCCCCUUCCUUCCCGGCCGCAGUCUAUAUCGCUCAUCGACCAUUUUGCCGCUGCACUGGGGCUGAGCAGCCAAAUUCAAGGCAAUCCAGAUGGAUUCGCCACGUUCCUUGUAGAUACACCAAAGGCAAACUAUAUCCAGUUUCUAAUGGUAGAUCCAGUUAUGGAGCUCUCUAGGCUUCAUAGCCUGCUCGUACUCACGAGAUGUCUCAUCCACUACACUAUUUUCAUUCGCGACUGGGACUUUGGCACUCUAUCGCUCUAUCCUUUCGCUCGUUUACCAAUCAAUUCAAUUCUCAAUGCCAUGCGUAUCCCUCCUAGCUUCACAAAUGGUAGCGAGGGGAGUUAUCCUAAUGGGCUAGAAACUUUGGCUUAUUGCCCACUUUGGGGCUUUCUAGAGCCAUCUGCACCUACUUUCGAUGUAUCGCACCUUUCUCGUCAUCUAUGUCAAAACCCUCUCGCGACAACAUUAGGACCACCGCCACCUUCUGACCUUUUGAGUUUCAUGAGGAAACUACGCACCGCAUGCACACUCAGCCUUCUCGAGCUAAAGGUGGAUCACAACACUUUCUACAUCCCAUGUGCGGUUCCGGGGCCUUCCACUUCGCCGAGCCAUCCUACCCAUCCGUCCAGCCAUGCCGAAGUAUUACCAUCGCCUGCUCGCUUUUAUGGGGGCAGCGUCUGUGACCUUCCAGCACUUCAGAUUUUGAAGCAACUAAUGAAUACCAUUGACCCGAAAUUCCUAACAAACAAGAAGCCUAGGUUCACUGACGCAUAUGUUCUGCUGUUGAACAGUAUUUUUCAGAAACAGAGACACUGCGUGACGAUCAAGAGCCGGGUCCAAGAACGAUUUGAUUCAUAUGAACUAGACGCCGUGAUCAAAGAGAUUGCUGCGACGCAAGGCCUAGCAGCGGAUACGAUGUUAAAAGACGACCGGGAUGCAAGCGCGAAGUGCUGUGAUAAUAUUAACGAAUUGAAUGUUGGUUUAUGUGUGCAACAACGAGCAACAAGACUGGCGAUACGGUGUGGCUCACCAGCUAUCGCUCGCUACUCAGCUGUGAACCACUGCUCUAUACCACUAGGAUAUGGGAAACUAGCUACGCGGCCACGGAAGUCUCGCGCUUCUUUGAUCUAAUUGCAAUCAAAUUCUCCCCAAACUGUUUUAAAGAUCAUC